ACAUGCUGUGGCAGGCUAUAUCAUCAAUAGCUUUGAUAGAAUAAAACAUAAGGACGUUUAUGAUCAAAUCAGCAGAAAAAUCAACGACAACUUAUGGAUUCUCUACAAAUGUUUCUCAAACUUUUACCUUUACUUGCAAUUCUUCAAACUCGUGCCUACAUUAACAAAAUACCUGGCAACAUUGAUGGAUCGUACAGACUUUUUAAUAACACUUGGGCUUGUCCUAUUGUCAAGGAGCCUGGCAGUGAUGGUAAUGUUAAUAGAGUCACAUUGAAAGUGAUUCAUUGCUGGGAUUCUAGUUACAGAGCCAUGAAAUGCAGUGGAUAUAUUGAACCAAAGUAUAUCACAUUGGAGAAAAAUGGAAAACCAAAAAUAACUGUGGACGCAAAUCGUUACUAUUUCAACACAGUAGGGCUGGCCCAGUUUUUUGGUAAAAAAGUAUGUAUAAGCUGGCAAGAUAGUCUUGGAACUGUAAGCAAUAAAAUUAUAGCUGUGUCAUGCAAGCAUAAAUGUAUCGAGACUUCAAUGGGACCAGUUAAUUGGUACAAGAGUAGAUCGUCCCUUGGGAGUUAUACUUCAACUUUAUACAAAUAUGAAGUUGAAUCAAGCAGUAGAACACUGUAUGGAACACCUUCUGCCCUGAUAUGUGCUGUAUUGAUGGUUUUUUUUUUAUUGAGUUACCAAAUGUAAACUGACUGACGAAAAAUUUGCUAGUUCAAUUCGGAAAACUAGAUUGUGUUCGAAUGAAAGCAAGUAAAUUUGUGUGGCAAUGGGCGAGCUUUUGAUCUUCAUAUAUUAAUAAUUAGUUUAUUUAUUGAAUUUCUUGCAUGCUAAUACCAUUUUUAAUUGUAAAUUUAGAAUCGAAAAUAAACGAUACCUUUCUUUAUAGAUAAAAAUAGAAAACUCUGGAGUUUA